CCUCGCGCCGCCGCCGCCCGACCGGGUCCGGACGAGCGACGUCGAACGGGCGGCGGUGAGGGCCGGACGUGCGCAGGACGAGGGCGGUGGCGGCGAUCUCCGGGCGGUGGCUCUCCAGCUCUGUCUGGGUCGCGUUCACAGCCUGCGGGCGCUCGUUCCUGUCCGCUCCUGAGGCCCCGCGGCUCCGGUUCGGUCGCGCGGCGGUUGGACAGGCGUGUCCGGGACUCGGCGCCAAGCGAGUAGCGCUCGUGGGGACGAGGUGACCCAGUGCAGACCAGCGUCGCUCGGUUCGCUCGGUGGGACACUCCAGGGCCGGGGUGAGCCGCCCCGCGGCCGCCAGGCUCCUGCGUCUGACUCGCGCUCCCCCUGGUGCAGUUCGCCGUGCGCGGCACGCGCCCUAAACUCCAGAGUGGGGACCCCCUCGUGCUCGCCUAAGGAGCCGACUGUCAGCGGUGCUGCAUCCCCCGCUGUGGUGCACCGAUCCCUGCAGCAGUGACGAAGAACAGGUCAGCAGGGGAACAGCAUCAUUAGAGGCAGAGAAGCGCUGAAAUACUCUAACGCAGCGCUCGGUGCUGCUGUUGCUGGUGGCCGCGGCUCGGUUCGGGCCCAUUGGGCCUGCCUGGGAUGAUGACGUCUGUCUGGAGGAGCCCUGGCCGGAGCGAGGGUCGUCCGUCCAGAGCACGGCCGGCGCCGGCGGCUCGGCACGGGCCGGCAGCGCAGGCGCCCGUGCUCUGCGCCGUGCUGCUCUCCCUGCUGACAGGCGCCGGUUCGCUGCAGAUGCAGAACCACGUGAUCCCAUCGCACCUGCUCCUGGGUCAGACGGCCGACCUCGUCUGCCGGUAUCGGCUCGAGAACGAGACUCUCUACUCGGUCAAGUGGUACAAGGACAACGAGGAGUUCUACAACUUUAUAGCCACGCCCAAGAUCGCCAAGCGGAUGUACCCGCUGCCCGGCAUCCGAGUCGAUAUGGCGGGCUCCAGCCGGCAGCGCGUCCGCCUGCUCCAGGUGGACUUCGCCACGUCGGGCAAGUACGGCUGCGAGGUCUCGGUGGACGCGCCGUCGUUCGACACGGUCAUCGUCACCGGCCACAUCCUCGUUGUUGCCGCUCCGGAGAGCCCGCCGCAGAUCGAGGGCGGCAAGGACCUGUACCGGCUGGGUGACGAGCUGUCCGUCAACUGCACGUCGCGGCGCUCCAAGCCGGCGGCGCUCCUCAACUGGCACAUCAACGGCCAGCAGGCGCCGUACCGCUCGAUGGUGCAGUACCCGGUGCGGACGGACGCGGACGGGCGGGAGACGCGCCGGCUGGGGCUGGUGCUGGCGAUGCAGCCGCAUCUGUUCGCCGACGGCCACCUGGUGCUGCGCUGCUCGGCUGCAAUCGCCGCCGUGUACCAGCAGCAGACAGAGCUCAGCGUACGCCAGCCGGCGAAGCGGCCGCCGUCGCCGGCCAAGACACUCGAGAUCAAGGAGCAGAACAAUGCCGCCCCGCCCGUGCGACGUCGCCUCAGUGACGUCACAGCCUUUGUGAUGUCAAUAUGUCUGCUGCUGAUGGCGUCGAGGUAGCAGGACUCCGACGUCACGUGUCAUCAGAGCUUGGCUGGGGUACGCCGCCGUGCCGUCACACUCCGGCGGCGGCCCGGCUGAAAUCCAGUGCUGCGAUGUCACACGUCAGCAACGCACCUCUGGGCUGCGUCCCAGUGACGUCACAAGCCGUUGGCCGACCGACUGGUGCACGUGGUGGCAUCACCAUGCGCUGUCAAUGGCCGGAGAGCUGAUGGACGCUGUGACCCCGCACAUCAUGAAGGUGCGAAGCUGAUGAAGCCGAGUUCGGACGUCCUUUGCACCACAUCACGAUGACCCAUCGGAGGCUGAGCAGCCCCAGCGGGCGGCGUCUGUGCCGGCGGUGCGUUCUGGGUGGUGGGACCGCGGCGAUGUCCGACCCGCCAGCGCGGCGGGCCGACCGCAAGCUCACACGCUGAGCUCGGCAGGCUGUUCCUCUCCGUGUCGUGGGGAGUGGAGUCGGCCCGUCGGCGACGUCCUCGCGACACCGCGCCGACGCCGGGGCGGGACAGAGGCCUGACAGAGGCCUGAAAGGCCCCAGACGUCUGGUCGCCGACCCCUGCACGGGGCCUGACAGAGGCCUGACAGGCCCCAGCCGGUCGGCCGCCGACCCUUGGCCAGAGCAGGACAGAGGUCUGAAAGGCCCCAGACCGCUGGUCGCCGACCCCUGCACGGGGCCUGACAGAGGCCUGACGGGCCCGGACAGUCUGGGUGGCGGACCCAGUCGUCGCCGCGCGUCCGGAGCGGGCCGACUCGGCGACCACCGCGCGGGAAUUCACGGACACGUACCCGCAUCGCGGCCGCGUGGCGGCGAGCGGACGGAGCCUGCCGCUUCGGCGAUGGUGCUGAUGACGAUGCUGGUGCGCGACGGCAGAUAGCGAGACUGUGAUAGGUUGGCGGGAUGAGAGAGAGGGAGGGAGAGAGGGAGCGAGAGAGGGAGCGAGACCUGGUGACGAUCAGCACUUGUUAUUGGUCGGAAUGUGAUGGGCAGUCAAAGCUCUUCGAGACUCACACGUGUCCGGGCCUAGAGCAAUGAUAGAUGGGGGGGGGG